AUGAGUUCACUGAAACAAUAUCUACGUAAUAUUGAACAACAGCGUCUAGAUAAUGUGAUAGAAGUGAUAGGAAUCCCUAAAGCUAAAGACGAAAAUCUUGAAAACAUAUCUCUCAAGCUAGCUGAGACACUCAACAUGGACAGGACGCAGGUAAUGAAUAUUACACGUGUUGAAAGUCGAAAUAUUCAAGACGGAAACAUCCAGUUGCAGCUCAAGCAUGUAGAACACGCAAGUUUAUGGGUGCGAGCCUCCAAACAGGAAGAACUAGUGGUAGAACAAAUCAUUCCCGAGGCUCCCGUGGAAGUUGCUAAGAUGAAAGUGACCAUGCGACGCGCCCUGACUAAAGCCAAUAAGUCAUUAUUAUGGCUAGCACAACAAAAAUUAAGACCGGCCUACAAAUAUGUCUGGUUCCAAGAUGGAAAGGUACUACUCCGUAAAGAUGACAAAGCCAAGCCUGAAGUCGCCCGAAGCGAAGCUGACAUUGAGAAGCUCUCAGCACAAACAAAAAUAAUCGGCCACAGUUUUAAUCGGAAAUAG